GCCAACAUGGAAGGAAGUAAAGAGACAGCUCCAUCGAAUGCACUUUUAAAAGAUGAAUGCUAUGCAGAUUUCUGUAAAGAGGACUUUGACGUGAAGACCUACACUGCUCAGGCCAUUCACCAUGCGGUCAUUGCAGAGCAGCUGGCAAAACUGGCCCAGGGCAUCAGCCAACUGGACAAAGAGCUGCACGUACAGGUGGUAGCGAGACAUGAAGACCUGUUGGCUCAGGCAACCGGCAUUGAAUCCCUGGAAGGUGUGUUGCAGAUGAUGCAGACCAGGAUCACAGCUCUGCAGGGUGCGGUCGACAGGAUAAGGACUAAAAUUGUCGAUCCGUACAAUAAGAUCUUGGCCCGGACCGCGCAGCUGGCCAGGUUGCAGGUGGCCUGUGACCUGCUGCGCAGGAUCAUCCGCAUCCUGUACCUGAGCAAGCGGCUGCAGGGCCAGCUGCAGGCGGGAAGCCGCGAGGUCGCCAAGGCAGCGCAGAGCCUCAGCGAGCUGGACUACCUGUCGCAGGGGGUGGAUCUGUCCGGGAUCGAUGUCAUCGAAAACGACCUCCUGUUCAUCAGCCGCGCCCGCUUGGAGGUGGAGAACCAGGCCAAGCGUCUGCUGGAGCAGGGCAUGGAGAUCCAGAACCCCACGCAGGUGGGAACGGCACUCCAGGUCUUCUACAACCUGGGCACCCUGAAGGAAACCAUCAGUAACGUGGUGGACGGCUACAGAGCCGCCAUCGAGGAGAAUGUGGCCAGCGCCCUGGACAUCAAGGUGUUGACCCAGCCUGGAAGCACCAGAGGUGGACCAGGCCGAGCUGUGAUGCCGACUCCAGGGAACACAGCAGCAUUCAGAGCUACUCUCUGGACUAACCUGGAGAAGCUCAUGGACCAGAUCUGUGCAGCCUGUGGACAGGUGCAGCACCUCCAGAAGGUGCUGACCAAGAAGAGAGACCCUGUCACCCACGUGUGCUUCAUAGAUGAAAUCGUCAAGGACGGACAAGCGGACAUCCUGUACACAUUCUGGAACUCUGUCACCCAGAUUCUUUCCGUGGAGUUCCAGAAGGCGACCAGCGCCUCCUCAUUCUUGAAGCAGACCCUUGAGGGGGAGUACCCGAAGCUUUUGAGACUCUACAACGAGCUGUGGAAGCGUCUGCAGCAAUACAGCGGCAGCAUCCAGGGGGCGAUGACGAGCAGCGGAGGCCUGGACCUGCCCGUGGAGCUGCCCGCCUCUGACCUCGAACCCCAGAAUCUCUUCAUGCACGCCAAGCAGGACUAUGACCCGGAAAAGGCCCUGAAGGACUCCCUCCAGCCUUAUGAAGCUGCCUACCUGUCCAAGUCCCUGUCUCGCCUCUUUGACCCCAUCAACCUGGUGUUCCCUCAGGGGGGGCGCAACCCUCCCUCCAGCGACGAGCUGGAGAGCAUCAUCAAAACCAUCGCCAGUGAGCUAAAUGUGGCGGCGGUGGACGUUGUCCUGACCCUGGCCGUAGCCAAGAACGCCGCCAAGACCGUCCAGCUCUUCUGCGUGAAGUCGGAGCAGCUGCUGUGCACGCAGGGCGAUGCCAGCCAGGUCAUCGGGCCCCUGACAGAGGGACAGAGGCGCAACGUGGCGGUGGUCAACUCUCUGUACAGGCUGCAGCAGUCGGUGGGAAAGGUGAUCUCUGGGUUAACUAACUUCCCGCCAGCCGCAGAGGAGUCCCUCACCACUGCAUUGGAGUCGGUGCAUGCCCUGAUGGGUACGGCCGUUCAGCCUCUGCUCCUGUCUGUCAGUGACUCCGUCGAGGCCAUCAUCAUCACCAUGCACCAGGAGGACUUCUCUGGGCCUCUCUCUGCUCCGGGUAAGCCGGAGGUGCCCUGCUCUCUCUACAUGAAGGAGCUGCAGGGUUUCAUCAUGCGUGUGAUGAGCGACUACUUCCGCCACUUCCAGUGCCUGGACUUCAUCUACGACAACACGGAGGCCAUCGCCCAGCGCGCCAUCGAGCUGUUCGUCCGCAACGCCAGCCUGCUGCGGCCCCUGGGGGAGGGCGGCAAGAUGAGGCUGGCAGCCGACUUCGCACAGAUGGAGCUGGCGGUGGCACCGCUCUGCAGACGGGUGUCCGACCUGGGCAAGGCCUACCGCCUGCUGCGGUCCUUCAGGCCUUUGCUCUUCCAGACCAGUGAGCACAUCGCCAGCAGCCAGGCUAUAGGAGACCUCAUUCCCUAUAGCACCAUCCUGCACUUCCUGUUCACACGAGCCCCCGCUGAACUCCGAUCUCCCCACCAGAGGGCGGAGUGGUCCAUCGCACGGUACUCCCAGUGGCUGGAUGAUCAUCCCUCAGAGAAGGACCGGCUCACUCUCAUCAGGGGCGCGCUGGAGGCCUAUGUGCAGUCAGUGAGGGCGCGACAGGGGAAGGAGUUUGCACCAGUGUAUCCCAUCAUGCUCCAGCUGCUGCAGAAGUCCGCCACCGCCGUGUAGGACCUGACUGCUCCGACAACACUUCCCAGGUCACCAAGUUCACCUCGACAUUUGAGAGAAGAUGCCCCUCCCCUCCUGUACGUUAUGAGUAGCGCCCCCCUAACGUUUAACCUUUAAGCCUUGAUGAGCUCAAACUCAGCCCUGCUUUAGUGAGGGUUGAGAUUAUGUGAUUAUGUAUAAAGGUGACCAGUUUCAGUCACAUAAGUAAUUCUGUUUUAUUACUAUUGAUUUGUUCUUUCUUGCAGUUUUGGCUCUAUAAACAUCACUACAAACUGUCUAUACGUUA